AUGUCUACAGCAUCUCUUUCCACAACCACCACCAUCUCUUCAGCAUACACGAACGGCGAUUUGAUGGCGAAGAUCUUUACCUUGGUCAAGAAGGCGGCGAAAAAACCAAUUCCCUUUGUCAAGAAGGGUGUUGAGACUCUGACAAUGCCUCUGGAAUGUCUAAAGACGGCUUCUGGAUUAAUCCCGGUACCGGCCCUUGGACCAGCGACGGAUAUUGUCCUUUCUAUCUUGAAAAAAGUGGAUCAGAGCCAGCAGAAUACGGCGACCGCCCGUGAAAUCGCAAAUCUGUGCUUAAAGGCCCAUGUCACUCUAUCCGAGCAUCUGCAGAGCGUAGAAAUCACUCCUACAUUAUUGGACAGUAUUCGGCAAUUUGAAGCAGAUUUACAUAACAUCGAAAACACUGUCGAAGAGUAUGAACAGAAGAUGUCGAUUGAUCAAACGCUCUAUUCUAAAAUAUACAGCGAUGAAUUGCAACGUGUCGAAAAACAGGUCAACAGUACUCUGUUGCUUUUCCAAAUCAAGAAGUUACUUUCGCUUGAAGAAACCUGCGCAAAGAUGUCCACAUCUUUACAGCACAUCGUUGAACUGCUGCUUAUGAACCACUCUGAAGCUGCUCCGAAGCCUGAAGAACCACUAGUAGAUAUCGUGCGGAGAAGUCAUCUCACUCUCUGUGAAGAGAUCGCUCAUGGUCCAGGGUAUAGCAUUCAAAGAGCAGAGAUGCGUGGAAAGAUCGUUACCAUCAAAGUGUUCACAGGUUGUAAAGCAAAACCGACCUGGGAAGCGUCAAAUAUGUUGGACUUGAAAAUUAUGCAUCCCAACGUAGCUCACCUUAUCGGAGCUUCAAGGUCUGAUGAGCUGGGGGCGCCGUUCUCGGUGUAUGAUCUUGAUAUCAAGCACCGGUUUGAAGAUGUCGUCUCGUCAUGGUCGGCGUUCGAUUUCGAUACUCUCAGUUCUUUGUUCGACAAAAUGGAUCACGAUGUAAUAAGCGCACGGAAUCAUUUGUGCGAACAAACUUGUUUGUUUGCUCAGUCUGGCGAAGUAGACUGUGAUAUUCUUUGUGAUGCCCGCGGCCGAUUCGUCAUCUCACUUCGCCCGGAAGUGGCCAGCUCCUCAACUGCCUUGGUCUCCCCUGCGGACUAUCCCAAAUUUAAGCUUGUGAUGAGCGAUACCCGCCAUAACGACGUCGUUGGUACUCCUGUUUGCUUGGCUCAGGUCCUUAGAGUAAAUCGACCGAUUUUUGUCUAUGCUUGA